UGGGAAUCGGCAGUUGGAAGAACGGAGAUACAACCCACUCCCGGUCUCUUUCGCCUGCCUUUCAUCGAGUCUUCAUCGGACCGCUCACACUCAACGUGGAAUGAAUCCCUUUCCAGAUCUCAGGAAGAAAGAAGAGUGUGAGAGCAGCCAAUUCGAACAUGAAACCACAAACCUAGAAAAGGCAGUGUAUGGGUCAUUGACUGCUCAUCAUAUUGGUCUCAUCGUUGCUGCGACAUCGUGCAUAAUUGCAGUGUCCAUUGCCUGCUUUCUUAUAUUGCGACAUGCGACGCACUACCUAAAACCGUACGAACAAAAGCAUAUCAUCCGCAUUCUUGUUAUGGUUCCGAUAUAUGCUGUGGUUUCAUUCCUUAGCUACGUCUUCUACCACCAAGCUGUCUACUUCAAUGCCCUGCGCGAUUGCUACGAAGCCUUCGCCAUCGCGAGUUUCUUCACUCUCAUGUGUCAUUACAUUGCGCCUGACCUCCACGAGCAAAAAGCAUACUUCAGGAGCAUACAACCAAAGAACUGGGUCUGGCCGCUCAACUGGAUCCAGAAGUGCACCGGUGGCGAGAAGACAGGAUGGCUGAGAAGGCCAUGCAGCGGGCUGACAUGGUUCAACAUCGUAUACAUCAGUGUCUUUCAGUACUGCAUCAUUCGUCCGCUGUUCACACUCGUUGCUGUUGUCUCUCACUCUCAAAGCCGCUACUGCCAGGGUUCCAGGGACCCUCGAUAUGCACACGUAUGGGUAGCAGGGUUCGACGCGAUCUCUGCCAUGGUCGCCAUGUACUGCAUGGUACAGUUCUAUGUCCAACUGAGGCAAGAUCUUGCACCAUACCGGCCCUUUCUCAAAGUUCUCUGCAUCAAACUUGUGAUAUUUUUCUGUUUCUGGCAAACCUGCAUCCUCUCCCUUGUGACCUCGAAGGGCGGACCCGUUAAGUCAACGGAGUACUUUGCUGGACCAGAUAUUCGAGUUGGCUAUCCAGCGAUGUUGAUCUGCGUGGAGAUGAUCAUUUUUGCAACCAUGCAUACAUUCGCCUUCUCCUGGAAGCCUUACGAUCUUGAGAGCGAGAAGUCACUUACCAGCUCAGAGCAUAGCUCUUCCUCCUACCCCCAGGUUUAUGAUCGCGGCCCAGCUGGGGCCCUCCUCGACGCACUAAAUCCGUGGGACAUCAUCAAGGCCUGCGGUCGUGGUUUUAGAUGGCUCUUUGUCGGCGUACGGCGUCGCAAAACCGAUUCCUCGUAUCAGAUCACAGAAGUCAAUCUAAUGGCAACAACGAGCGACUCGACACCAAUGAGAACUCGCACGACAGCACGCUCUGAUCCAACACACUGUCGUAAGCGCCAACACAUGGACAGAAACACACGAGCCUGAACGUUCUCAGGUAGGAGCAUUGAACGCGACUUGUACAUUAUCCUUGCGACAUGUCAUCCUCCAUCAUGGAAGCGUGGCCGUGACGCGACUCUCACGCUCUUGAACCCAGUCCUGACCUUGGCAGCCCGAACUGCUGCUCGGCUCAAGAAAUGGGGUUCGGAGCUGGUAGAUCAUUAUCACAGAUUGUAUACCAUGACAAGAUGCUUGGCUUUUGGGAAAUACAAGCUAAACCAGACAUCGGCGUGAGACAAAGAGUCUGAAAAUAGAGUUCAAAUGCGUUUUCGAGAUCAGUGUAUAUGUAUCUCAACCGUGUAUAAGAUUGGCCUCAACAAUAAUUUACU